AUGAGUCGUCCCAGCGAAAGCCGUCAGGGCUAUCGCUCCCAGGAAGAACUCUUCUUGAAUACCGCAUCGGGGCAACCGCAGGCCGACUCACCCGUAAUUGAACCGCUGCGCAUUGGCAAGCGAGAAACCCCUUCCCCGGCGUCGGCGCACAGUGCCCCUCUGCCUUAUCCCGACGAUAGACAGAGACCCCAACAUGUUCGUGGCUCAGGUUCGAGUGGCUCCAGUCCAGUAUCUCAAGGCGGAGCUGCUCUAGGAGACUCUCCCACGGUCCCCAGCCAUAUGUCGGCUGGCACCGGCGUAUCUCAGAAUUCCGAUUAUAUGGCAUCUCUACGGCUGCGUGAGCCCAAGCAAGCCACUCUAGCUGAGCGACGAGGCAAUGUCCCGAAACCCUUGCCCGAAUCCCCCGCAGGGGACUCUCCGGACCGCGAAGGAUUGUUUUCGCGACUUCAUCAGCGCAUGCCGGGGCUGGCAGCUCCGGCUCCAGCUCCAAACGUUCAAUCCCAGUCGACCGGGUAUCCAGACCACCGCCAACAGUAUUAUCCGCCUCCUCAAGCUUCAAACAGACUGGCAGCAGCACAGAAUCUACAACCGCCAAGCAAUGCCAUCAAUCGAAUAAGCUCGACGGCGUCAAACUCGACGACUCGUGCUCAGCGCGGUUCUCCGCCGCCCCCAGAAACCCCGGUGGUUGAGCCAGGGCAGCAUGCGACGUCUGAUAUUGAAGCGCGGUAUGCCGCCUCGGGGAUUGCUGGGACGUCGACAUUAGCAGGACUUCAGUCUCAGAGUGCAGCUGCCCAAAGAAGAGCCGAGCAAUAUGCAGGCCAGCAGCCCAGAAAUCAACAGUCAACUCCACCGGUCCCAAGGCCAUGGACCCCGACGGAGCAGCCCGGAAGUCAGCCACAUGGGCCACCCACGGUCUAUCAAGGUGCUGAGGUUGUUUCUGAAGGCAAUCCUUCGACAAGUUCCACGCCCCCUAUGCCUGCAGGGGCGUCAGUGCAUCCCCAACCAGCAUCCCAGCCCACCAGAAUUCCCCCGAAUGCACUAGAGCAGGACUUGGAAAGAAUGCGCAUAAGCUCCUCCCCUCCUCCGGCCUACUCGAGUGUCCCAGGACCCGUAGUAUCGCAGGGCUAUCCGAAUGAGAAGCAGCGUGUUCCGGUGUCGACGAGCCAGCCCAGCUCGUCAACUGGGCACCCUGCGGCCUCUGGACCGGCAAACGGCGUCAAAGAAGCCAAUGAUACACACGGCGCU